AUGCGUAUAUUUCUUGCCUUCUCUUUCUACACAAAUGCAUCCAUAAUAAUGGAUGUUAGCCCACCUAAAAAAGGAACUCUAAGAUCACUGGCUGCAAUUCGUUUUCUUUCUAUGACUUGGGUAGCAGCGGGACAUUCCUUGGGACAGAGCAUAUCUGCCGAUGCGAUGCUUCCGGUUCUAACAAUGUGGAAUCCUUUUCUUUCUACAACCAUCAUAAAUGCAUUCCUUUCGGUGGACACAUACUUUUUAUUAUCUGGGACUCUCGUCAGCUACGUAUUCUUCAAGACAAAGCCAGCAUUAAGAUACGUAAAAAAUCCGUUAACGUGGUUAAUGUACUAUGUGCAUCGAUAUUUGAGAUUAACUCCAGCUAUAAUGUUAUUCAUUUGGUUUUUUGUUGUUAUGCUUCCAUUCACUAAUGGUCCAUGGAGCGUAUCUGUGGAGGGCUUUCUCAAUUCAACCGACGAAUUUGUUGAAGUUUGCGAAAAGUAUUGGUGGCGUAAUAUGCUUUACAUCAAUAAUUUGUAUAGCGUAACUAAGGAGUGUUAUCCAAUAACAUGGUAUUUGGCAGUUGAUACACAGCUUUAUAUUGUCGCACCAGUUUUUCUAGUAGCACUUUUCAUUUCUCCAAUCGCAGGUCUCGUUCUAAUACUGGUGUGCGUAGCUGCAAGUAUCGGUUAUGUCUAUGCGAUUACUUUUCACAAAAGCUAUCCAGCAGUUCUUGUUGGAAAUUUUGCUUUCGUCAAAAUGUUUGACUUCUUUUCUGAUUACUACGAGAAACCAUGGACACGAUGUCCUCCUUAUCUGAUUGGGAUCGCGGUCGGAUAUUUCCUUGCCAGCGGAAAAAAACCGAGACUUACCAGGAUGGUUCAAACAUCUUUAUGGAUAGUUGCAACUGCUGUUGCAUUAGCAGCGCUAUAUGGUCCUCAUCGUUACAUUAAAGGAGCUGAUGAUUGGAGUGAGGCUAUUCGCGGGACGUAUAACAACUUCUCAAGAGUAGGAUGGGCACUGGCAGUGUCUUGGGUUAUUGUCGCUAACCAUCUAGGAUGGGGAGGAAUUGUUGCUCAAUUUAUGGAGAAUCCUCUAUGGCAACCGUUGGGCAGAUUGUCCUACUGUGCUUACAUUGUGCACUUUUUCGUCAUUCGCUAUAUAUUCAAUUUAGACGACCGGCCACUACAUUUCGUCUCCGUCUGGCAUACGUACAUCUACCGGGUCAUGCCUGUCGUAGUUGUUUCCUAUGUGCUCGGAUUCUUUUGGAGCUGUUUAUUUGAACUACCCGUGGCGAAGCUGGAAAAGAUACUUACUGAGCGCUUUUUGCCUAGGAAAAAGAUGGACGACGUAGGACCAAAACCUGAUGAAAAUGGCAAAAAAGGAGAGAUUUGGAAUAUACAGAUUGGAGAAAAAGUAUAG